AUGAUAACGCUAUUUAUGUAUUUAAUAUCAAGCCGGCAUAUUUAUUUUGUUGUUCUUAGUAUUUUAUAAUAAGACAGUAAAAUAAUAAAUAAAAUAAUUAAAAAUGUCUAAAGUGGCAUCACGCCUAAAAAAAACAAAAAAACUUAUGGACAAAAUUGACCAUAGUUCUAAAUUACGAACAAAUAUACCAGCUGGUUUAGCAUCACCAAGUCCACCUCUAGGUUCACAACUUGGACAGAGGAAUGUAAAUAUUGCUAAUUUUGUUAAAGACUUUAAUGAAAAAACCGCACAUAUUAAACAAGGCAUACCAAUACCAUGUAGAGUUAAAGUAUUACCUGAUAGAACUUAUGAUCUCGUGAUGCAUUUACCUCCAACAGGGUAUUAUCUAAUGCAAGCUGCUGGAAUUCAAAGAGGUGCUAUGAAUUCAGCAAACGAAAUUGCUGGUAAAAUAACAUUGAAACAUCUUUAUGAAAUAGCCAAAAUAAAAUCUCAGGAUCCACCAUUAUCUUUGCUUACUCUGCCACAAAUAACGCAAAUGUUCGUUAAUAUUGCAAGAACAAUAGGUAUUAAAAUUGUCCGUGACUUAGAUCCUGAAGAGUAUGGUCAAUUUUUGAAAGAACGAGAAGUUAUUGUUGCUGAGCAAAAGAAAGCACUGCAGGAAGCCAAAGAAGCUAAAAUGUUGCGAACGGCUUAGUUCAUUGAACUGUUUAUAGUGCAUAGAAUAUAUAUUUAACUGUAAUCUAUUAUUUUAAUUAAAUGCUGAAUUUUAUUUCUACCUUUUAUCAACUAAAAUAAAGUUAUUGUUUCAAUGAAAUUUAUACUUAUUUCUUAACCCUAAUCGGUUGAACAUGGGUCAUUGGUGUCCAAAUAUUCUACUGUAAACAGUUUACAUGCCUCGGAAUUUUGAUGAAAAUUUUUAUUGAAAAAGGAAUUUUCAAGGCUGGCAACAGCUCUAUCGCAUAGUUAGAAGUCCAAAAAAGACCUACGAAUUUGUUCAGAUUUUUCCUUACAGAACAACAUAAUUAAAUAAGCGGCGGUCGCUAAUGACCCAUGUUCAACGUUUACGAGCACUGAAAACAACGACACCGGAUUAGGGUUAAUUAUUAUAAGUGAGGAUAAGGUUCAAAAGGGAUUAAAUAAAUCAUAAAAGAUAAAUUUUUUAUUGAGAAAGGUUUUAUUCAAUAAUUUUAGAGAUUUUUCAUUUUUUAUACUCAACAAUUUAUUCAUAAAGUUUUAUUACUAAAAAAUAUUUAUUAUUUAAAUGUUGAGUAUUUUUGUUUUAGUGUACGAAGCUGAAAGUAUAAAUUUUCAUUAAUUCAUACUCAAUGUCACAGCCAGUAUGAGUUUAAAUUGUUUAAUAAUUAUCAUAUAUUUAAAUCAGUAUUUAACUGAUUAAAAUUUUUAUUUCUUUAACUUUUGAAAAAUUAUUUAAGUUAAUUGUUUGUUUGUGUUCAGUUUUAAGUAUUUUAUUUUUUUAUCUCAUGAAGUAUCUUAUUAGUGUAAUAAUGAUUUCAUGAAUAAUGACAAUUUAAAUGAGAAUAUUUUUGUUUUUUAUAAAGUUUAAGUUGAAAAUUUUUUUAAUAAAUGUAUAAUUAUUUUAAUAUAGAAAUUUAAUUAGCAUUAGAACUUUUAAUCUUUAAUGUUGAGAUUAAAUAAAAAAAAAUUGAACAUAUCUACUAUAUUAAUGAUAAUUGUAUAGGGUGAUUUUAAAAGAUUUUUUUUAUUCGGAUCAAUUGAGAGUUUGAAUUGAGAAUAAUUAUUUAAUUAGAUAAAAAAAAUUAUUAGUACGUAUUAUUAUCAAGUUCUAAGUGCUAAUGUAAAUCAAUUACUCUGUAGUAUUUCCAUCACUCGUUAGUCUUUACACUUUAAAAGCUAAUCAGUCUAGUAUUUGCAGUCUUCUGAAUAAAACUAUUUACGAGUCACUAAAAAAAAAAUCAUAAUAUUUUAGGGGAAAUUUACGUUUGAAAAAAGAGAAUUUACUUUUGAUUAUGGAGAUAAUCUUAAAAAAAAAAAAAGUUAUAGUUCAUUUGUAAAUUUCAAAGUCGAAAUAAUUAUCACAUUUUAAAUUAUUAGACAAAGGUAAAGUCCCACGAUGUAGUCAGGUCUCGCCUGGUCUCAAAUCCCACGCCGCUGUUGAGUCCCACGCCGCAGUCAGAUGUAGUUCCAGGUCCCACGCCGCCGUCAGAUUUAAAUCCCACGCUGUAGUUGGUUCUAGUCAAGUUCCCACGUUGCUGUCUUGGUAAAGUUAUAUAUUAUAACAGUCGUGUCUUAGUUGAAUUACAGUCUGAUAUCGUCAAUGUUUUAAAAAUUUUCGUCUGUUAGAGUUAUUUCCCAAGACAGUUUAAUAUUUUCAUAUUUUAAAUAUUUUUAUUAUUUUGCUGAUAAUUAAUUUUAAUAUUGCACGACUCAUGAUGCGGAGCAUCAGAGUGUGCUUUACGAUCGAAAAAUUUUUUCCGCCUUACUUCGGCAACUAUUACGUUUGUUUCUUUAUGAUUAGUUAUAAUAAUAAUUGAUGAUGUUUAUCAUGUUUUAAAAUUUUUAAAUAUCCUAAAUUUAUUUACGGAUCAAAAUAUUCGCGUGAUUGUCAAGUUGUCUAAGUCAAGUCAAUAUAGUAAUGAUAAGUUUUUAUUUCAAUUUCUAUCAAGUUUUAAUUACGGUUAUUACUUUAAUGUAUGAGGCAAGGUGAUAUUUAGCAAUUAAUGUUUGGUGAUUUACGACAGUAAUUUAAAGUCCGCGAAGUAGCUUUCAUUAUAAUUUUAAUUUAUUCAUCGAUGUUAUUUGAUUAUUUGAUGUUUUGUAUGACCAUAAUCCGGAGUAUGUAAACUAUCUUUCAUGGUGAUUAUUAUAAAUUCAUCAAUAUCGCUUACUGUUUUAUAUCGUAAUAAUCCAAAGAACGCGAACCAGCCUUCAUAAUAAUUUAAAUUUGUUCAACGAUAUUAUUUGGUGUUUUGUAUGACGAUAAUCCGAAGUACGUAGCUAUCUUUCAUGGUGGUUUUUAUAAAUUUAUCAAUAUCGUUUACUGUUUUAUACCGCAAUAAUCCAAAGAACGCGAACCAGUCUUCAUAAUAAUUUUAGUUACUUCAUCGAUAUAAUUUGAUGUUUUGUAUGACCAUAAUCCGAAGUACGCAAAUUAUCUUUCAUGAUGAUUUUUAGAAAUUUAUCGAUAUCGUUUCCUAUUUCAUAUUGCAAUAAUCCAAAAAACGCGACCAGCCUUCAUGAUAAUUUCAAUUAUUCAUCGAUAUUGAUUAGUGCUUUAUAUGAAAAUUAUCCAAGAUACGCGAACUAGCCUUGAUUUGUUUUAGAAAUGGUGAAUGAAGAGAAUUAGUUGGCAAGAUGACCACAAUCAUCUUCAGUAACAAUGUAUACAAUGAUGAAUAUGUUUGAGUGUCGGUAAUACUAAUGAAAUUCGAAGAAAUACCAAAAUAAAUUGUGUAAAAUGGUGCUAAAACUUUUGGAGCGCUAUUUUGAUUGAGUUAAGAAGAAAAGGAACCACGAAACAAAAGCGGUGAACUAAAUAUCUGGAUCGUAUGACAAACAUUUGUGUUAAAAGAAAAUGACCGGAUUCUUUUUAGUUGCAAACGAACGGAAGUAUUGGCAAUUAUGUGUAGUUAGGCUAGUGUAUAAUUUUCGGCUCUGAUUGAGUCACGUCGCAAAUUUUAUGGUUACGGGUCUUCUAGUACUCUAAUCAAGUUAAUAAAAAUUAACACUUGGUUUAUGUUAAAUAUUAAUUGUCGCGAUAAAAAAAUUUGUAAAGAUUCUCGAUCCCACGACGACCCGCGGCGAAGUCCUCUUCAUCUUGACAUGUCCCUCGAAGUCCCACGAUGUUUACGGUUCACAGCAUCCGUCCGGGAAGCCCAAUCCUCUUCUACGAU